GUUUAGUGGGUGAAGGAAGGUACAGACCAUUGGUCAGCAAUCUAUGAGAGAGCUAAACCCCUCCCUCCUAGGAAUAAGAAACAGCUCAGAACACAUUAACCAUCAAUUCUGGUAUGCCCAUCUCACUUCUGUGAAGCGUACCCCAGCUAUUCUCCUCAGCAAGCUGCAUUGGCCAGUGGACCUUCCUUUGAAAAGCUUGUCUCUGAGUCAGCUGUGAAGAUCCCACCAACCUAGUCUCCACUGGAGUGGAGAAUAACAUGGGGAACAUGGUGACAGAGAUCUUGGCGUUCAUCCUGUCCACUUCGGGAUGGGUGCUUGUUUGCUCCACUCUGCCCACCGAAUACUGGAAGGUGUCCUCUCUCGACGGCACGGUCAUCACCACGGCAACCUACUGGUCUAACCUCUGGAGGGCAUGUGUUACAGACUCAACAGGGGUUUUCAACUGCAAGGACUUUCCCUCCAUGCUGGCAUUGGAGGGCUAUAUCCAGGUCUGCAGAGGUCUCAUGAUAGCAGCCAUCUGCCUAGGAUUCUUUGGUGCCAUCUUUGCCUUGGUCGGGAUGAAGUGCACCAAAAUUGGAGGAAGUGAUCAAAGCAAAGCUAGAAUAGCUUUUGUCUCGGGAGUUAAUUUCAUACUGAGUGGUCUCUGCUCUUUGUCUGGAUGUUCCCUGUACGCCCACAGGAUCACCUCAGAGUUUUUUGACCCCAUGUUUGUCGCACAGAAAUACGAAUUAGGAGCUGCCCUGUUCAUUGGCUGGGCAGGUUCCAUCCUGUGUCUCCUAGGGGGGCUCAUCCUCUGUUUCUCCAUUGGAGACAGUUUCCCUCCAAAGAACUCAGGUCGCUACGGUUACAGAGGCUCCGCCUCGCGUGUCUCGUCCCACCCCAGGGCUCAUGCACAGCCCAUACACCAGAAACCUCCCCCUGACUACAGCAACUCUUCCAGAGCGCAGCACUUUGACAAAAAUGCCUAUGUGUAAGAAGAAAGAAAGACGCAGAGUUACUAUAGUUACAUGGAUUUGAGGGACAUGCUUACAUAAUCUACUUUGGUAGCGAUGACAAACAAAACUUGAUACAGGAUAUGAACUAUGUAAGUAUGAGUACAUAACUGUUAGGAACCACUGGAUAUUGUCUUUACCCACACUGUCCACUUUUACAACACUUUAGCACAUAUUGCCACGUUCGUAUGUGUGUAUAUAUAUAUAUAUUAUGUUGUUUUAAUUUACUUUUACUUUGCUCCUAACUGAUUUUUAGACACCCCCCUUGACAGAAACUGAAGUAUAAUUAAGUGUAGAUUUAAUGUUGUAAAUACAGAGCUUUCAAAAGUCGUAAAGUUGAAAAAAAUCAACAGUUUAUUGAAGUCAUAAUCAUUUGUUUAUUGUUUACUGUCAAUUGUUUUAUAUUUUUUGAUAAUCAUGAAUUUGACAUUAAAUUAAACUGAGCACUGUCUGUCUGCAUUUUACAUUAUUGUCACUUUCAGACUGUAAUGACAGAACAAGGACAAGUUUAUA